AUGAGCACAUGUUACCUGUGCGGCUAUCACGCCACCCCAGAAAGUAUUAGGCAGGAUGGCCCUGCGCAACUGCGAAGAGCCAUUCAAUUCGCGGGCCCUCCAGGUUCAAGCGCCUCUUCGAUAACUUCAGGAGUCGAGCGCACAAUUGGCGCUUUAAGGAUUAGCGAUGUUACGUUGUUGGUGGACACUGGAUCGAUAUCGCGCUGCUCGACUUACGUUACCCUUGCUGAUAGUGGGACGAUGUAA